AGGAAGAGGCAUUUUCACGGACAGCUCUGGAACAGUAUCUUUCUGAGGAGGCAAGUGCUUGGCUGUAAUAUUUCAUUGCAGUCAUGGCCCCUAAGAAGAAGAAUGUGAAAAAGAACAAAGCAGAUGUCAACGAAACAACUAUCAUUGUGGAAGACAGCCCCCUCAGUAAACUAAAUGGCUUGAAUGGACUCUUGGAAGGAGGAAAUGGUUUCAGCUGCAUCUCAUCUGAGGUUUCUGACCCAUCAUACUGCCCAAACCUCUUGGAAGGUCUAAGCAAAAUGAGACAAGAAAAUUUCCUUUGUGACUUGACUAUCAGUACCAAAACCAAAUCUUUCAAUGUUCAUAAGGUAGUGAUGGCUUCAGGCAGUGAAUACUUCCACAACAUCUUAAAGAAAGAUCCAUCCACUCAAAGAGUGGACCUCAAUGAUGUGUCCCCAGUGGGUCUAGCUACUGUUAUCGCCUAUGCUUACACUGGAAAACUUACUCUCUCACUUUACACAAUAGGUAGUAUUAUUUCCACAGCCAUUUAUCUACAGAUUCACACCCUUACAAAGAUGUGCUGUGAUUUUCUAGUCCAAGAAAUCAGUGUUGAGAACUGCAUGUACAUUGCCAAUAUUGCAGAAACAUACGGACUAAAAUCCACCAAGGAAGCAGCGCACAAAUUUAUUAGGGACAACUUCAUUGAAUUUUCAGAAACUGAUCAGUUCCUAAAACUUACUUUUGAUCAGAUUAAUGAACUUCUUGCAGAUGAUGACUUACAGUUGCCUUCUGAAAUUGUUGCAUUCCAGAUUGCAAUAAAAUGGCUGGAAUUUGACCAAAAAAGAGUAAAGUUUGCUGCCAACCUCUUAAGUAAUAUCCGUUUUGGUACCAUCUCAGCCCAAGACCUUGUCAAUUAUGUUCAAACUGUGCCAAGAAUGAUGCAAGAUGCAGACUGCCACAAGCUCCUAGUGGAUGCCAUGAACUAUCACUUGCUUCCCUAUCACCAGAAUACACUUCAGUCCAGAAGAACAAGGAUCCGUGGAGGUUUCAGAGUCUUAGUCACUGUUGGGGGACGCCCUGCUUUAACAGAAAAGUCUCUUAGCAGAGACAUCUUGUACAGAGAUCCUGAAAACGGAUGGAAGAAGCUAAGUGAAAUGCCUGCUAAAAGUUUUAAUCAGUGUGUCACAGUGAUGGAUGGAUUUCUCUAUGUGGCUGGUGGGGAAGACCAGAAUGAUGCCAGGAACCAAGCCAAGCAUGCAGUCAGCAAUUUCUGCAGAUAUGACCCUCGUUUCAAUAGCUGGAUUCACCUGGCGAACAUGAAUCAGCGGCGCACGCACUUCAGCCUGAGCGUGUUCAAUGGGCUCCUCUUCGCCGUGGGAGGCCGCAACUCCGAGGGCUGCCUCUCCUCUGUCGAGUGCUACGUGCCUGCAACUAACCAGUGGCAGAUGAAGGCCCCGCUGGAGGUGCCACGGUGCUGCCACGCCAGCGCCGUGGUGGAUGGCCAGAUCCUGGUCACGGGAGGUUACAUCAAUAACGCUUACUCUCGCUCGGUGUGCAUGUACGACCCCAGCAAAGACAGCUGGCAGGACAAGGCCAGCCUCAGCACCCCGAGGGGCUGGCACUGCGCAGUGUCCCUUCUGGAGAGGGUCUAUGUCAUGGGUGGGUCUCAGCUGGGGGGGCGAGCGGAGAGGGUCGAUGUUCUCCCUGUGGAGCGUUACAGCCCGUACACGGGCCAGUGGAAUUACGUGGCGCCGCUUCAAACUGGAGUUAGCACGGCUGGCGCCUCCACCCUCAACGGGAAAAUUUACUUAGUGGGUGGCUGGAAUGAAAUAGAGAAAAAGUACAAGAAAUGCAUUCAGUGCUAUAACCCAGAUCUCAAUGAAUGGACAGAGGAAGAUGAGCUGCCUGAGGCCACUGUGGGCGUAUCUUGUUGUACUAUAUCCAUGCCCAACACCAAGACAAGGGAGUCCAGGGCCAGCUCAGUCUCUUCUGUCCCAGUCAGUAUCUAA